UGCCCGUGCCCCGUGGUGUGCGCAGUCUCAAGGGCCGCAUGGCCCAGUAGGGAGAGGCGGGGCGAGCGGCGGUGACGCGACCCGUUGCCAUGGAAACCCGCCGCCCGCUCCAGCGCAAGAGCUGAAGCCGAGCAGCCGCGCCGCCAGCCUUGGGCUGUCCCCGCGAGACGCGCGCCGGGCCGGGGCGGCCGGGGGAGCCGGGCCGGAGAGCGGGGGUCGGUGCGGCCUCUGAGCAGGGGCCUGGCCCCAGCCGCCGCCCCCGGGCCGCCGCCUCCGCAACUACGAGAGACUACGACAAUCGCGGGGCAGCGCCUUCCGGCCCCGGCCCGCGCCUUUGGCGUCCCACAUCGUCCCGCGCGGGGUCCCGGCGUUCUUCCCCGGCCCGCUCCGCCCCCGCCUGGGCUCCCGCGGCCCAGCCCUGGGUACGAUGCUGCCCAGCUCCAUCCAGAUUUCAGGGGAGCCGCUGUCAGGCGCCGAGGUGCGGGACAUCUGCCGCGGCCUGCGUGACAACGCCGUACGCCUGCUCUCCCUGCGUGGCUGCCGCCUCUGCGACCGCGACUUCGGCCGCAUCUGCCGGGCCCUAGCCGGGGCCACGUCCCUGGCGCAGCUCAACCUUAACCUGGGGGUCGUGUCCAGUCCCAGCCGCAUCAAACAGCUGGCGGAGGCGCUGAGGACCAACCGCUCCAUCCAGUCCCUCUUCCUGCAUGGGAGCCCGCUGACAGAUGCUGGGCUGGCCCUACUGAACCCAGCCCUGGCCCUCCACCCUGCCCUCGUGGCUCUGGACCUAGGGGACUGCAUGCUGGGUGAUGAAGCCAUCAACCUCAUCUGUGGCCUCCUCCCCCCAGAUGGGGCCAAGUCUGGCCUGAAAGAGCUGACACUGAGCGCCAAUCCUGGUAUCACCCCCAAGGGCUGGAGCCGCCUGGCCAUCGCUGUGGCCCACAGCUCCCAGGUCCGAGUUCUCAAUCUGGACUACAACCCCCUGGGUGACCACGUGGCAGGAAUGCUGGCUGUGGCUGUGGCCUCCAGCCGUACCCUAGAGGUCCUAGACUUGGAGGGCACAGGGCUUACCAACCAGUCUGCUCAGACCCUGCUGGACAUGGUGGAAAAUUACCCAACAGCCUUGCGGAGCCUGGUGUUGGCCGAGAACAGUAUCAGUCCCGAGCUGCAGCAGCAGAUCUGUGACCUUCUCUCUGAGGGCGAGGAAGAGGAGGAAGUGGCUGGAGGGACUGGCGACACCCAGGAAUGGGAACGAGGGAGGGAACCUGCUGCCCAUGCGAGGGGCAGCAGCUCCUGGAUGUGCCCCGCUGAUGCCAGCUCCCAGAUGGUGCUAAUGACAUCAGGACUGGGGGACAGUCUGCUGGCUGAGACCGAGAUGUGACUCUCCACCUGGGUUUCUGCAUGUCAUUAUGUUUUUCUGUUCCCAGCUCCUUCCCUGGAUGGCAGGGACAGACCCUGUGACUUGGGAGGGAUGGCCCCAGGGCUCUGGCAGCUCCUGGUAGUGUGGGAAGCUGUGGCUGACAACAGUUUUGGAGGCCCUAGAGCCCAGGGCAACACUCUGGACUUGUCAGCAGCUCUGGCUAUAACCCGCUGGCUCGGAAGAGAUUUUAUAAAAUCUACAACUUGG